AUUAAACGUUUUUUUCUCUGGAUUUUCUUUAAACAUCCCUGCAGUUUACCUGUGCACGCGUAAUGUGUUUACCUUGUUUGUGUCAGGAAAAGGAUUUCAAGGAGAUCGAAAAUUAUGCCAACAUACUACACUUCCGAUACCUUGCCUGCCAGUUUCUCGUCACGGUCGAGAAGAAGCUUACAUAACAGAGCGCAUGACUUGCAUAGACGCUUGAUGAACGCUGGUAGACGGCGCAGGCGCAAAUCUGAAGACCAAACUGCCCGGAUGAUUGUAGAAAAUGUAGGAAAUCUGGACAUCGACGAAGAUGAUUACGAUGACGACGGACAUUUCGAUAUAGAGAGUCACGUGGAAUCUGUAGAUCUGCUCCCACUUGAGAAUGCGCUCGCGCACCACACGGAGAAGUAUGAUGCAUUGCGAGAGGGCCAUCUAGUAGUAAGGAGGGGACAACCCUUUUCCAUCCUUGUGAGGUUUACCGGAAAAUUCAGCGCCAGGAAUCAGUCGGUCAGGAUUGUUUUUAAGACUGGUCCGACUCCUCGGCCUGGAAAGGGCAGCCAUGUCCAAUGUGUCCUCUCAUCGAAAUCCAGCCAGCAGGACUGGACAGCGGUCAUUGCCAGUAGACACGGACCAAAUGCCCUGAAGGUGUCCGUGUUUCCUCCUGCGAACUGUAUUGUUGGAUCAUGGCGGAUUGUUCUGGAAAGUAUAGUGGAGAGAGGCGGUCGUCCAAAGGCGUAUAAAUACAUCCAUCCAAAACCUGUCCACAUUCUCUUUAAUCCCUGGUGUAAAGACGAUGCUGUUUAUCUCAAUGACCCCAGCCUCCUAAACGAAUAUAUCCUCAACGACAGUGGCGCCAUAUUCCACGGGAAUUACAAACAGAUUGGCGCCAAACCCUGGCUUUACGGACAGUUCGAAGAUGGCAUUUUGGAGGCGUCCAUGUAUUGUAUACAGAAAGGGUUUAACUCGAAUUUCUGUCAGUCGAUGGGGGACCCGGUGAGAACUUCACGGAUCAUAUCAAAAAUUGUGAACUCGUCUGAUGACGGAGGUGUGCUGGUUGGCAACUGGAGUGAGGAUUACACUGGAGGGAAAUCCCCAAUGUCAUGGAGCGGAAGUGUCGCCAUAUUGAGACAGUACAUGAAAACGAAACUUCCGGUUAAAUUUGGCCAGUGUUUCGUAUUUUCUGGGAUAGUAACAACAAUUUGCAGAGCCGUGGGUCUGCCCUGUCGAAGUGUAACCAAUUUCGCAUCUGCGCAUGACACAGACGGAAGUGUGACAAUUGAUUUCUACUGGGAUCUUGAUCAGAAAGAAGUUUUGAGCGGAAUUGGAGAUUCGAUUUGGAACUUCCAUUGUUGGAAUGACGUAUGGAUGCGGAGAGACGCUCCCGCAGGAUACAGUGGCUGGCAGGUAGUCGACUCCACUCCACAGGAGCGCAGUGAUGGAAUGUUCCAGUGCGGACCAACCUCUCUCCGUGCAGUAAAGGCGGGGAAAUGCGACAUGCUGUACGACUGUCCAUUCGUCUUCGCAGAAGUUAACGCAGACAAGGUCAACUGGACACGUGACAAAGAAAAACAAUGGACUGUUCUCAAUAUGAAUCUAAGCGCAAUUGGCCGAAAUAUAAGUACGAAGAUCCCGGAUGGUAAACCUUUGAGACCGGAACUUACAUAUACCGACUCUAUCCGUCAGGACAUUACAGACGACUACAAACAUCCGGAAGAAUCUGAAAGAGAACGAUUGGCGGUUAUUUCGGCUAGUCGGUCAGCCAUCACGAAGAAACCCGUCUACAACAAAGGAAUCCAGGAUGUAAAAUUUGGAGGAUUCCUUCACAGAGACAAUGUUAUCAUUGGUCAGCAAUUUGACGUCAAAAUGACGUUCCAAAACAACAGCCAAUCAAGAAGAACAUUACAAGGGAAGUUCAUCUGUGAAACGGUGUCGUACACUGGGGAGAAGAUAGGGGUCGUUAAGAGACAGGAGUUCAGCACCCCAAUGGCAGCAAUGACAGACGGAGAGAUGUCAAUGGUAGUGCUUUUUACGGAUUACAUGAACAAACUGACCGAGCACGCGGCGAUGAAGGUGAUUGUUGUUGCUAAGGUGAUGGAGACCGGUCAAAUACACGUUUGGCAGGACGACUUCCGGCUGAGACGCCCUGAUCUGUCGGUUGAGAUAACGUCACCGUCAUCACGAACGCGACAGCCUUUUGAGUGCCGAAUUUCGUUCCUGAAUCCCCUAAACCAGAACCUCACUAACUGUACUAUGAUGGUGGAGGGUCCGGGGCUUGACGCGGAAAAAGAAUUCCAAAUCGCUGACGUGGGUGCUGGUGAAACAUGGAUUGCCCUUUUGACCUUGACUCCUAAGAAACCGGGACGUCGCCAAGUUGCGGUGAAUUUCAACUGUGACCAAUUGAAGGACUUAAAUGGUGUCACUGAAAUAAACAUCACGAACUGACCCGGAUGUACUAGUAUCACAGAUAUUUACUUACAUUUAUAUAAAUAAUAGAAAGUAUAGAGCGUG